ACGGCAUCGCAGUGCCGAGUUGAUCCCAGAGAAAGAGGGCAAAACGAGCUCGGCGAGGCAGCUGAGGGUUUCGAUGGGCUUGGUGGAGGCGAUGGAUGGUCGGAUGAGCCUGUCGGACACGGUGUUCAGCUUCUUGGAGGAAGGAGAAGGAGGAGGAGGAUCCGGCGCCGGUACCGAAGAGAGCCCGGACGGCAGCUGCCGCGGCGGCGGGGAUGGCUUCGACAGCGGCGACGAGGGGACGAGCGACGGCGCCGUGGAGAACAAGGCUUUUUGGGAGUCACAGCAGCAGCUUCUACGAGAAGCCCUUUCUCGGACCAGCUCCACGGAGGUGAAGCUACUGCAGCGCACAAACGACGCCGUAAACAAGAUGCGGGCCGAGGGCGUCGUCUGUACUUGCUCGAGUAGCACGGCGAAGGAAUGCCGGAACUGCGCACUAGUGUUCGUCGCGGAGCAGCUCCACCGUCUCGGAUACAACAGCGCCUUGUGCAAGUCCAAAUGGAGGAGAUCGCCGGACAUCCCUUCAGGGGAGCACCGGUACGUCGAUGUGGUGAUGGAAACGAAGAGCGGGAAGAAGGGCCCCGUCAGGCUGGUGAUAGAGCUACGCUUCCGAGCGGAAUUCGAGAUGGCAAGAGGCAGCCAGGAGUACAACUGCCUGGUGAGCUGCCUCCCGGAGGUGUUCGUGGGCAAGCCGGAGAAGCUGCGCGGCGUCAUCAAGGUCAUGUGCGCCGCCGCCAAGAAGUGCAUGAAGGACAACAAGAUGCACAUGGCCCCGUGGAGGAAGCACAAGUACAUGCAGUCCAAGUGGCUGGGGACGCCGGAGAGGACGGGCCCGGUCAUGUCCUUCCCGGCCGCCGUUGUUGUUCCGGAUCACCCACAGCCCAAGCUCAGGGCUUCCAUGUUGACCUUCGACUUGCACCGCACCGCCGUGGAAGUCGUCUGAAUCGGAGACUCGACACCGUUUCCGAGCUUGAAACCUCCACCUGGUCUUCAGUUUUGGCACACCUAAUUAAGAGUGUAAUGUCGCCUGUAAACUAUCAUCCUUGAAUCAUACGAGUAUUGUAGAAA